GGGGCAUCGUUCUGCCCUACCUCGGUCCCGGACCGCAGUACGCUAGGCAAGAAGGCAACGGCGGACCGAGUCCCGAGGAUAUCACCGCUGGUUUCAAGAUCGUUCUCGGUUCACAAUGGGAAUCGUUGUUGAAAACCGGACUGCGAGAACUAGUGAAAGUGAACUACAAGGAAUUGGGAAUGUACGAUUUCAUGCGCAUUCUGCCUUUGCUGCAAGCACUUAGCAUCCAGCCACAAGCAGUCGCGCUGCACCAGUUCAGUAGUAAUCAGACGAGGAGAUUGGCCCAAGAAAGCUACGUGAGGCGAUGUAGG